AUGUCGUCCCGCCUCUAUCAAACCACGACCCCGGACCUCUCCGACUUCAAACAGAUCUGCUCCCAAACCACAAACCCAGCAGACUACCCACUAUCAAGCCACAUUUCAUCCAACAUCCCAAUCUACGACCUCCCCUCCCUCGAAUCAGCAGGAUUGACACAAACCAAAACCCACCUCUCCGCCCUGCAAGAUGAAUGGCACAAAUGCCUGCACACUGGGCCAGGAGUGUACAUCCUCAAAGGAAUGUACCCCGCGCAAACCCACAGCCAAACCAUAGAGCCAGCCAACCAAGCCUUUGACCAAAUCAUCUCCUCCGAAAAAGCCAACACAGCCCUCCAAAAAGGCGACCACUUCGCCGCUGGCGGCACCAACGACCGCAUCUGGAACUCCUUCCAAAAGCACGCCAGCGCCGACCCCACCAGCUUCAGCGCCUACUACUCCAACCCCUGGCUAGCCGCCGUGUCCGAGUCCUGGCUGGGCCCGAACUAUCGCGUGACGGCGCAGCUGAACGCCGUGCACCCGGGCGGCGCAGCACAGGACUCGCACCGCGACUACCACCUGGGGUUCCAGGACGUCGAGUGCACGGCGCGGGUUCCGGCCGCCAUGCAGGUGGCCAGCCAGUUCUUGACGCUGCAGGGGGCGGUUGCGCACUCGGACAUGCCGGUCGAGUCCGGGCCGACGAGGUUCCUGCCGUACAGCCAGUCGUACGGGGCCGGGUUUAUGGCGUGGCGGCUGGAGGCGUUCCGGGAGUAUUUCCUGGCGGAAUAUGUGUCUGCGCCGCUGGAGGUUGGGGAUGGGGUGUUUUUUAAUCCUGGGCUGUUUCAUGCCGCUGGGGCGAACACUAUGGAUGCUGGGACGGGGUUUAGACGCGUGGCGAACUUGCUGCAGGUUAGCUCGGCGUUUGGGAAGCCCAUGGAGAGUGUGGAUUCUUUGGUGGUUGUGAGGGGUGUUUGGGACUCUUUGCUGGGCAUGUUUGAGAGGGCUGGGGGCGUUGCUGGGUCGGAUUUGGAUCCUGGGCUUUGGUCGUUGCCGCAGAGGCAGGUGAGGGCUCUUGUGCAGGCUGUUGGGGAGGGUUAUCCUUUCCCCACUAAUCUUGAUUCGAGGCCGCCGCAGCCUGGCGGGAUGGCGCCUGAGAGUGAGCAGGAUGUUCUUGUAAGGGGGUUGGUGGAAGGAUGGAGUUGUGAGAAGGUGGUUGGGGUUUUGGAGGGGAUGAGGGCUGAUUCGAGGGCUUAG